GAAUCCUGGAAGCCCAAGAGCUGGAGGUUGCUGUGAGUCCUGUGACAUCAUGGCACUCUACCAAAGUAGGUAAAGUGAGACUCUGUCUCUACAAAAAAAAAAAAAAAUACCAGGGAUGAACACUCCAGACUAUGGGAACUCUAUGGGAUAAAAAAUUGGUUUCUGGCUGGAAAACUCAGUGGUUAGGGCACCGGUCAUAUGCACUGGGGCUGGUGGGUUGGAGCCCAGCCUCGUUAGAGCCCAGUGCUAAAGAACAACAAAAAUUGGUUUCUUCAAGAAAUAAUUAGCAUAUCGCUUCAUAGCCACUUCACAGAAUGACUAAAAUCAAAAUGACGGUAACUGGGCAGAUGUGGUGGUUCACGCCUAUAAUACUAGCACUCUGGGAGGCUGAGGUGGGAGGAUUGCUUGAGUCCAGGAGUUUGAGGUUGCUGUUAGCUAGGCUGAUACCACGACACUUUAGCCCAGGUGACAGAGCAAGAUUCUGUCUCAAAAAAGAAAAAAAAAAAUACACCCAAACAAAUGGCAGUAACAAACGUUGGCAAGGAUGUGGAAAAUGGGAACCCUCAUACCCAGCUGGUGGGAAUAUAAAAUGGUGAAGCCACUUUGAAAAACAGUUUGUCAGCUUCUUAAAAAAUUAAACAGAUAUUAUAUGACCCAGUAAUUCUGGUCCUAGGUAUCUCAAGAGAAAAAGAUAUGUACAUACAAAGACAUGCAUACAAAUGUUCCUGGCAGCAUUAUUAUUUUUUUUGAGACAGAGUCUCAUCCUAUCACCCUAGGCUGAGUGCCGUGGUAUCACACAUAGCUCACAGCAAUCUCAUAGUCUGGGGUUCAAGAGAUCUUCUUGCCUCAGCCUCCCGAGUAGCUGGGAUGACAAGCACCUGCCACAAUGCCCUGCUAGUUUUUCUAUUUUUAGUAGAGAUGGAGUCACUCUUGCUCAGGCUGGUCUUGAAGUCCUAAGCUCAAGCAAUCCUCUUGCCUCGGCAUCCCAGAGUGCUAGGAUUACAGGUGUGAACCACUGCCCCCAGCCUCUCAGGUCAAUAAUUCCCUAGAAGUACCCACAGAACUCAAAGCUGUUAGCUCAUGGCAUGGUGUAUUACAGGAGGGGGAUGAAGAUUAAGAUCAGCCAAGGUAGCCCAGGUCAGCUAAACAACAACAACAAAAAAUAGCCGGGCGUUGUAGCGGGCACCUGUAGUCCCAGGUACUUGGGAGGCUGAGGCAAGAGAAUUGCUUAAGCCCAAGAGUUGGAGGUUGCUGAGAGGUGUGAUGCCAUGACACUCUAUCCAGGGUGACAUUUUUAUUUCUCAGGAAAUAAAAAAUCAGCCAAGGGGAGAGGGUCCAGGCACAUUCUCAGUAUAUGCUUCUGGGUGUCCUCUCCUGGUGGAGUCAUGGACAGCACUGACUUUUCCCAGCAACUCUGUGGUAAUGUACAUGAGUAUUGCCAACAAGGAAAGUGCACCUGGGUCUAGAGGUUUUUUUUCUUUUUGGCCGGGGCUAGGCUUGAACCCGCCACCUCAGGCAUAUGGGACCAGCGCCCCACUCCUUGAGCCACAGGUGCCGCCCCGGUCUAGAGUUUUUAUUGGGGCUCAGUUAAGUCAACAUAGUUGACUGCCCAUGUGUCUGAUAGCAGGGUGAGCUGACACUGUGUGGCCCAAAGUCCCCACCACAAAUCACAUUGUUAGCAUAGACUAUCUGGUGUGGCUCAACACUUCCUCCACAUAAACUCCAGGUAAACCAAAGAUACUCUUCAGCAAGGACAUUCCAAGGGCUUAGAGAUUACUGCUCAGGAGCCAAGGACAAAGGCUGGCUAGACCUCUCAUUAGGCAGGUUUUUUUGAGUCUCACUAUGUCACCCUCGGUAGAGUUCCGUGGUGUCACAGUUCACAGCAACCUCAAACUCUUGGGCUUAAGCGAUUCUCUUGCCUCAGCCUCCCAAGUAGCUGGGACUACAGGCGCCCGCCACAACACCCGGCUAUUUUUUGGUUACAGUUGUCCUUGUUGUUUGGCAGGCCCUGUUCGAAUUUGCUAGCUCUGGUGUAUGUGGCUGGUGCCCUAGCCGCUGAGCUACAGGCACCCAGCCUUUUUAGGUAAGGUUUAUCCUUUACUGCCCAGAGUGUUAACUAAAAAUCCCUUCCAUGACUCCCCAGGCCUCAGGAUGGAGUCCAAGUGUCUUUACAUGAUUAAGAAGGCCAUUGGUUAAAAAAAAAAAGACCAUUGGUGAAUGGGCCAGGCACUAUGGCUCAUGCCUGUAAUCCUAGCACUGUGGGAGGCAGAGGCAGGAGGAUUUCUUGAGCUCAGGACUUCAAGACCAGCCUGAGCAAGAGAGAGACCCUGUUUCUACUAAAAAUAGAUAAAUACCCUGUUUCCCUGAAAAUAAGACUUACUCACAGGAAAGAUAAGACAUCCCCUGAAAAUAAUAAGACCUAGUGCAUCUUUGGGAGCACACCUUAAUAUAAGACACUGUCUUAUUUUCAGGGAAACAGGGUAGCUAGGUGUGGUGCUGGGCCCCUAUAGUCCCAGCCACUUGGGAGGCUGAGGCAGGAGGAUUGCUUGAGCCCAAGAGUUUGAGGUUGCUGUGAACUAUGAUGACACAGCACUCUACCCAGGGCAAAAGAGUGAAACUACCUCAAUUAAAAAAAAAAAAAGGCUGGGUGCAGUGGCUCACGCCUGUAAUCCUAGCACUGUGGGAGGCUGAGGUGGAUUGUCUGAACUCACUGUUAGACACCAGAUCUAGAGUGAGAUCCUCGACUCUAAAAAAAAUUAGCCAGGUGGGCGGCGCCUGUGGCUCAACGGAGUAGGGCGCCAGCCCCAUAUGCCGGAGGUGGCAGGUUCAAACCCAGCCCCCGCCAAAAACUGCAAAAAAAAAAAAUUGCCAGGCAUUGUGGGGGGCGCCUGUAGUCCCAGCUACUUGGGAGGCUAAGACAAGAGAAUCACUUGAGCCCAAGAGCUUGAGGUUGCUGUGAGACGACACUCUACAAGGGGCAACAAAGUGAGACUGACACACACACUCAAGAAAAGAAUGGCCGCUGCCCCUCACUCCAGGGCCCUGUCUUCCCGCACUGUCAUUUCCUUAAAACUCAAUAAAGGUAUACUACAGCCACAGGGCAAUCUGCGUCCUUUUUUUUUGAGACAGUCUCACUAUGUAGCCCUAGGUAGAGUGCUGUGGUGUCACAGCUCACACAACCUCCAACUCUUGGGCUUAAGUGAUUCUCAUGCCUCAGCCUCCCGAGUAGCUGGGACUACAGGCGCCCCAGCACACCGCCCGGCUAUUUUUUUUUUCUUUUUUUUGCAGUUUUUGGCCAAGGCGGGGCUUGAACCUGCCACCCCUGGUAUAUGGGGCGGGCGCCCUACUCCUAUUUUUGUUGUUGUUGUCGUAGUUGUCAUUGUUGUUUGGGAGUCCCAAGCCUGGGUUCGAACCGCCAGCCUAGGUGUAUGUGGCCGGCGCCCUAACCGCUGAGCUACUGGCGCCGAGCCCAAUCUCCGUGUUUCUUGCUCUGGUGAUGGUAGUUAAGGAGGGUGGAAAUUAUUCCAAGAGAUCUACCGGUCACGCCCCAUCUCCCGGCUCAGAGCUAUAGAACCUCCGCCCCGAGUGGAACACUGUGUAACAGUGCCCCCUUGUAGUCGCCCCAUUUUAGAAUCCUGGUGCGGGAGGUGCUCUGGGUGUCCUAGGAAGGAGGGAGGGGCGGGACCCCCAACACGGGUUAUCGGGUCCCACCUAACCCCCAUGAAUAACCAGGCGCGGGCCCCUGCCCCCUCCUCGGCCCGGACCUCAACUCCGGUCCGGGCUGCAACCCCGGCCCAGAGUCCAACCCAGGCUCAGACCACGACCCCGGUCCAGCCUCGAAUCCGGAACCUGACUCCGGUCCAAGCCUCGACUCCGGUCCGGGUCCCACCCCCAGCCCAAUUCCCCGCACCAACCCCGGCCCGGACCUCGACCCCAGCCUGGUCUCCAGCCCAGGCCCCAGGCCGGGUCCCAUCCCCGGCCUCAGCUCCAAUCCCAACCCCGGCCCUGAACCCGGCGUGGUCCCCAGCCCCGGCCCCAGUCCGGGUCCCACCACCGGCCUCGGCCCCCGUCCCAACCAGGGUCCCAGUCUCCGCCUGGUCUCCAGCCCAGGCCCCAGUCCGGGUCCCGCCCCCGGCCUCCGCUCCUGCUCCAACCCGGGCCCCAGCCCCGGCCUGGUCUCCAGCCCAGGCUCCAGUCCGGGUCCCGCCCCCGGCCUCCGCCCCUGCUCCACCCCGGGCUCCAGCCCCGGCCUGGUCUCCAGCCCAGGCUCCAGUCCGGGUCCCGUCCCCGGCCUCGGCCCCCGCCUGGUCUCCAGCCCAGGCCCCAGCCCGGGUCCGGCACCCGGCCUCGGCCCCCGCCCCAACCCGGGUCCCGUCCCCGGCCUCGGCCCCCGCCUGGUCUCCAGCCCAGGCCCCAGCCCGGGUCCCGCCCCCGGCCUCUGCCCCUGCUCCAAACCCGGCCCCAGCCCCGGCCUGGUUUCCAGCCCAGGCCCCAGUCCGGGUCCCACCCCUGGCCUCGGCCCCCGCCCCAGCCCGGGUCCCGCCCCCGGCCUCGGCCCCCGCCUGGUCUCCAGCCCAGGCCCCAGUCCGGGUCCCACCCCCGGCCUACGUCCCAGCCCCAAUCCGGAUCCCACCACCGGCCUCAGCCCCGGCCUGGUCUCCAUCCCAGGCCCCAGUCCGGGUCUCGCCGCCGGCCUCCGCCCCUGCUCCAACCCAGGCCCCAGCCCCGGCCUGGUCUCCAGCUCCGGCCCGAGCCCCGUCCCUGACCCCUGCCCCGACCCCGGACCAAGCCCGGGUAGUCGCCGAGGUCUCUGCCACAGAAUCCCACCCGAACCCCGCCCUACUUUUGUAUCCGCCCUGGGAACCUGCUUUGGAGUCGCCUCCAUCGCCUAACGAGGAUCCUGCUCCAGCGCCAAGACUAAGAGAUGUCAGACUAUCAGCCAGGCCCAUCCAAGAGCCGGUUCCUGCGAUCAUUCCGUUCCGCCCUGAUACCCCGGAGCUCAUCCUAGAGACCAUCCAGAAGGCCAACCCAUCGGCCUCUAAAUUGAAGCACCUCCCCCCUCUUAUCCCCAUCCCCUCGGACUUCGCCUUACCGAUUUCAACCGAAACAGCCUCCACCAGUGAGAACUUUCAAAUGGACAACAAAAUCUUGAUUCGAGUGGUCUACUGUGGCCUCUGAAGCUAUGGCCUUCAGUACAUUCUGUUGAGAAAGACUCUGGAGCACCACUUUCCAAAUCGUCUGCUCUUCGAGGAGGGCAGAGCUGCCCAGGCUACAGGGGAAUUUGAAGUGUUUGUGGACGGGAAAUUGGUCCAUUCCAAGAAGAAUGGUGAUGGCUUUGUGGACGAGAUCAGGCUGCAGAAAAUUGUGAACAUUAUUGAUGAGGAGAUCAAGAAGAGGCAGCAGGUGAAUGGUGGAGCUGGAGGAGCCUCAGUGGGAUGACGAGAAGGGCUGAAAUGUUGCCACGUCAGGUCCUUUUCUGAUGGUGGCUGGGACUGGGGUAUGGUGGGGAGCAGGGAGCAUUGAAGAGGGAAAUACACAGAGCCUGCCUCCCUGUGUCUGGUCCAGUUGUGUCUCCUGUCUCCAUACUCACUGCUAAGAUUGGUGAAAGUCGCCUGCUACAGUGCUCCCAGUAUCAGUGUCUUUGACAUUCUGGCCCUGGGGGUGAGUGGGAGGGGGAAUAUGUAGUAUAAGGCUAAUCCUGUUGCUCCUGGUAGUCUGGUUUCAAUUCCUCUUGCUGUCAAGGCCAGUUUGUUUCUUUUGUGGCUUCUUCAUUUCCCAUGCCCUGGUUCAGGAUGAAUUUUGAAAACGGCCCAUCUUAUUGGCAUUUUUCCAGGUUGAGAAACAGGGACUGUGGCCAGUACCAAACCAUUAGCAUUUCAAACUCACUACCCUCCAGAACCCACUUAAAAAAAAAAUUUUUUUUUUUUUUUGAGUCUCACUCUGUUGCCCAGGCUAGAGUGCCCUGGUGUAAGCCUACUUCACAGCAACAUCAAACUCCUAGGUUGGAAUGAUCCUUCUGCCUUAGCCUCUCCAGUGACUGGGACUACAGGCACCCACCACAAUGCCCAGCUAAUUUUUCUAUUUUUAAUAGAGACAGGGUCUCACUCUUGGUCAGUCUGGUCUAACAGCCCUGAGCUCAAGGGAUCCUCCCGCCUUAGCCUCCCAAAGUGGUGGGAUUAUAGGUGUGAGCCACUAAACCCAGCCUGGGGUGGGAUGUUGAUUAUGGCGUAGGCUAUCCAUGUGUGGGGGUAGGGGGCAUAUGGGAAAUCUCUGUACCUUCUGCUCUAUUUUGUUGUGAACCUAAAACUGUUAUAAAAAAUAAAGUUUCCGGGCAUGGUGGCUCAGGCCUAUGAUCCUAAUAUUCUGAGAGGCCUGAGGCAGAGGUGGACUGCUUAGGCUCAUGGGUUCAAGACCAGUCUGAGCAAGAGUAAGACUCCAUAUCUAAAAAGAGCCGGGCACUGUGGUGGGUGCCUGCAGUCCCAGCUACUUGGGAGGCUGAGGCAAGAGAAUCCCUUGAGCCCAAGAGUUUGAGGUUGCUGUAAACUCUGACACCACAGCACUCUACUGAGGGAGACAAAAUGAGACUCUGUCUCAAAUAAAUAAAUAAAUAUAAUAAAAUAAAAAAUAAAGUCUAUUAGAAAAG